AUGUAUAGAUACAGUAGUUUAAAUAAGAUAUAUAAUAGUAGUAGCAGUAGUAGUAGUAUCAGUAGAUGUAUAUUAAAUUGUAGUGGUAGUGAUCAACUACUACAACAACAAUGUAGUAAAAGAUAUAUGUCGUUUUGGUCAUAUCUUAAUCCUUUCAAGUAUUACAAGACAACAGCUGACACACCUCAAAAGAAGAAAAUUCAAUAUGAAUUGAAAGAAGGUAUUUCUUGGGAUUAUAAAGAGAUGUUAAAGAAUCCAAAUAUGAAGUUGUUCCUCGGUACUCAGAAAGCAAUUCCUCUCGGUCAAUCCAUAACAUGCCCACCAAUCACAUCGGUCGAUCUCUACGGCAACAAUGUAAAUAUACCAAAAGAUUUCCCUGCAUCCACACCCGUUCUAUUAGUUGUUACUUUAAAACCAUUUCUUGGACAACAAUUUGUAGAUAGUUGGAUUGCACCUUUCAAAGAGAAAUAUCCAGAUUUACCAGUGCAUCACGUGGUUUUAAUUCAACAAACAGGCUAUAAAUUGUUGGCACCAUUAUUGAAGCCAUCGAGACGUUCCACUUCGGCUGGUAUAACAGAGUCGUGGAGUAACCAGGCAAUCUAUAUUAAAGACGUCAACCAAACACUACAGGAGUUGACUAUAACCAACCCACUCGGUGCAUACAUCUACUUGGUCAUGGAUAAUAAAAUACGUUGGAAAUCAAGUGGUAGAUCAACCGCCGAAGAACUAGACUAUCUCACAAAAGUAACGAAUACUUUAAUGACAACACCGAACCCACUUGCAAAAAAUGAUUAA